CGCUGCAGAGCACUGCCUUUAAGGACCAUUUGUUGCCUGGUUUUAACCAGCUUGCCGAUUCUCAGAGUAUACUGAGUCAUAAGUACUGCAGAACAGCAUUAGUGCAAUCCCCUUUGACCUCCCUGUAUGCGUAUGUGUGCUUGUUAGAGAGAGAACAGUCAUCGGUACCAGCCGCUGCUAAGAGCAUUGCAUUUCUAAGAUUUCUUCAGUUGUUUGAAGGAAGAGGUGAUGGCAGCGAUAUGGGAAACAGAGCAGGCAGGCGACUAAUUACCAAAACAUCCACAGGUCUGGACUUUAAGCCUAAUUAGAACCUGUUUAAACCACUGCAAUGUGUGUGCAUGUCACGUGAAGGCUACCCCACAGCAAAGCGCUGCUUUACUGCUAAUCAAAUUGAAGACUUAGUCGAAAGAAUCCGCUUUUCCCCCCUCAGCUGACCUCGCAAGCACCGCGGCACGCGUCUGGCAACAAACACACAAACACACACCCAUGCAAACAGACACACAGUGCCCUUUCUCUUUUUUUUUUCAUUCUGGAUUUUUUCUGCCUUUUGCUUUGUUCUCUGUUGUUUGCUACUUUUCAGCAUUAGUUCAUAUCUGGUUUUAAACGGCUGAGCAGCUCUUACCAUGAAAUCAUGUCUAGACUGCAGAAUCAAGGGGAUAAUAUUAUUCCUAGGAAUUUCUAUAAGAGAAAAAACGUAAUAAAGAAAUCGAACAUCAUAGAUGUCCACUAUUUUUUUUAAAUAAAAGUAUUAAUGGAAGUAUUUUUUUUUUUAAUUUAGAAACCUCCUUCUAUUCAUCUCACAAGACCACACAGACAUUUUUUAAUGCUUCACACUGAUGGUACAAAUAAUUUAAAGAGGAUAUCAUAAUUUUUCAUAUGUUAAAAAGAAAAAGAAACAUCCAACCACUCAACAAAUUAACCAUAAUGCAGACAGAAAAAUGCAUCGCUUAAGACGUGUAAGCACAAAUAAAAUAGAAAUUGAAAUCCCCAGUACAUGAUCGUCUCUUCUGACGAUAUGCAAAAUAGUUUAAAGGCAUUCAUUCAGGCUUUAUACAUUAUUCAGAUGCGUCAAGUGAGUGUAAAGACAGAUUAACCAUGAAAGAAGCCUAACACUUCUGUUAGAUUAUGUGGAAAAACAUGAGAUGGAAUUCAUUAAUUUAAAAGAUAGAAUUAUAAUAAAAAAAACUAUUUUAUUUAAAAGACCAUUUUUCAUCUGACAGUCUUUGUUUUGUGUUAGAGCGAGAUGAUAAUCUGUAGGUUUGUGGUGUUGUAUCACUGCUGUGCUGUCUGUCCUCUGUCCCUUGUUAAUUUCUUCCUGGCCUUGGGUUGUUCAAGGUGAUGUUAGUCAGAUGGUUGUUAGCAACCCUCGUCACCUCCUCUUUCUCCUUCCUGCACAAAGGGAGGGUACUGACAUAAGACCAUCUUGUGAUCUGUAGAUUACAUCCUCUAGUAACCCUGCAGUUUUUUGGGAGACCUCACGAUAAAUCAGCUGCUGCUUCCACUUUUUUUUUGUCUCACGGGAACCAAAACAAUUCCUCUAAACUGAAAGGUCAUUGAAGUCUCUCUCCCCCUCAUUGUUUGUUUGCAUAAACCGCCCGUCUUAUCGCUUUAAAUUCCCCUGAAAUCUCAUGGAUUUUUUCUUUUUUUUAAUUUUAUGCUCCCAUUAUGCAGCUUUUAGCAACCUUAAAUUGACCUUAUGGAAAAUGAGGAGUCCAACAUGGAUGUUAAAGGUUUUAUCUUUAUUCGGGGGUGACUGGGGGCCCUUGACGCGCCUUGGGUGUUCUUCGCAACAGUGACGUCAGCUGCACCUCAAGGUGACAGGGAGCUGCCCUAUCUCGCAGAUAAAGACUUGUGCCCGCUUGGGGACCUCGGUGUAUUGAAUCACCGUUGUCUGGUUUUCUAAAGGGCCCGGUGGCUGAAAAGAAUUAAGCUCCGCCAUUCACUGGAAUUUGGUGACAUUCAAUUUAGGAGUUGGCCAGCAGCUUUAUCCAGACAGGGCUUUGUCAUCUGACGAUAAUUGCUUUGUUGUGCAACCUUUUUAGCUCAACUGCUCUGUCCCUGAGGGCUCUCAUGGGAAACGGAGGCCUUGUGUGAGCUCCAGGAAAGAACCGGGAAUUACGUCUUUCCGUCUCACAAAGUGCGUUGAGCUCUGAGUGAUUGCACUUUGAGUGUUUCUGAUACACCAUGUGAACAGCCCAUGUGAAUGUGCCUCGCUCUGUUUUCAUAGAUAUAAAGAGAUAGGGGGAAGCUUGAAAUUCAACACUAGCAUCCGCUGCCAGCUGGUAUCAGCCUCAAGAAAAACAUUCCCAAGCAUUUGAUCAGCUGGUUUGAGUCUGAAUGUUACGCAUUCCUUUUUGGGUCUGUAUUGACGUGUGUAAACGGGUUUUAAGACAUGAAGAAAAUGCGCACAGGAAGUCACUGACGGUUUACUUAUGCAACAGGGCAUAUAAUGGAAAACAGGGUGUUGGUGUUUUUUUAAAUUUUAUGUGUGUAUGGAGACAAUUGCAAAUGAGGAAUGUGGUGGUUAUAAAUGCUGGGGCGUGCUACAAUGAAACACUGGGAACGACUUGAACUUUUAAAUAUGGUUAUCCAUGACACAGUUGGUUUACACUCAUUGUUUUUUUCUCUUUUUCUCUCUUAGGUCAUGGAGACCAAAGACAUGCUGUAUAUUGUGACAGAGUAUGCAAAGAAUGGAGAGAUGUUUGACCACCUAACCUCAAAUGGCCGCUUGAGUGAAGAUGAAGCACGAAAGAAGUUCUGGCAGAUCCUCGCCGCGGUGGACUACUGCCAUCGGCACCACAUCGUUCACCGUGACCUAAAAACUGAGAACCUGUUGCUGGAUGCCAACAUGAAUAUCAAACUGGCCGACUUUGGAUUUGGAAACUUCUACAAUGCAGGGGAGCCUCUGUCUACGUGGUGUGGCAGCCCGCCUUAUGCUGCCCCUGAAGUGUUUGAAGGGAAGGAGUAUGAAGGGCCUCAGCUGGACAUUUGGAGUCUCGGCGUCGUGCUUUAUGUCCUCGUCUGCGGCUCUCUUCCGUUCGACGGAGCCAGCCUUCCCGCGCUCCGGCAGAGAGUCACCGAGGGACGAUUCAGAAUCCCUUUCUUUAUGUCACAAGACUGUGAGAAUCUGAUCCGUAAAAUGCUGGUGGUGGAUCCAGCCAAAAGGAUCAGCAUUGCUCAGAUCAAGCAACACCGCUGGAUGAUGGCGGAUCCGUCAGCUGCGCACCAGAUCCUCAGCCAUCCUCUCACGGAGUACAAUUCCAACCUGGGCGACUACAGCGAACCCGUGCUGGGCAUCAUGAAUACACUGGGCAUUGACCGUCAGAGGACUAUCGAGUCUCUGCAGAGCAGCAGCUACAACCACUUCUCUGCCAUCUACUACCUGCUGCUGGAGCGAGUGCGGGAGCAUCGUGCACAGCAGCUGAGCCGCCAGUGUGGAACAUGGAGCCAGAGACCAAGGAGCACCUCUGACUCCACAAGCCCAGAGGUGAUCAUGGAGUCCACUGAGAGUUUUAGAACAACAGCGUUUUCACUUCCAACCAAAAACACCCCCCCUGUGUACUCAGAGGUGGAGUGUGACCAAGCUGGAUUGUUUCAGCGUGUAGUGUUUCCAGUGGAGGCCAGUCUGAACAGAUUGCUCUGGAACCGCUCCAUUUCACCCAACAGCCUGCUGGAGACAAGCAUCAGCGAAGAGGUGCGACCCAGAGACCUGGAGGAGGAGGAGGCGACGCAAACUCUCGGGCCCCUGCUCCCUCCAACCACCACCUCUCGCAGACACACUCUGGCUGAGGUCUCCGCCCGUUUCCACCAGUGCAACCCUCCAUGUAUCGUGGUCAGCCCCUCAGACGGUGCCUCCUCUGACAGCUGCCUGAAGUCUUCUUCCAGUCCUGCCCCCACUUUGCAAGCUGCUGUAGGUGGGGUGGCAACACUUCGGGCCUCGGGGGCUGAGGGAGGAGCUCUGCUGUCUGCUGGAGCUCCCCUGGCUCUCUCUUCCCACCUCCUGCCCCAGGCCCAGGGCAGCCUGCCCCCUGCCAGCUUCCAGGAGGGUCGCAGAGCCUCUGACACCUCCCUCACACAAGGCCUCAAAGCUUUCCGCCAGCAGCUGAGGAAAAACACGCGCACUAAAGGACUUCUGGGAUUGAAUAAGAUCAAGGGUCUGACAAGGCAGGCUGCCCCAUCACCCUCCUGUAACCGCGGUAGCCGGGGGUCACUGGGUCCAGCUCUCUCUGAGCACCGCAGCAUGCUGGAGGAGGUGCUGCACCAGCAAAGAAUGCUGCAGAUUAAGCACCAACCACAGCCUCAGGUCCAAGCCCCUCAGACAGGACCUCAACAGAAGCCCCUGCUCUUCUUGGCACACCAACAGUCACCAUCUCCUCCGCCUACUACCGUGUUUGCUUCCUCCUCCAUGUUUGACAACCCUGUUCAACCCGUCCUCCCUGCUCAGCAGGCUUCAGUGGGUCUGCAGCAGGGUCCCUGGCAACAGACCCUCGAGACCUCCGCCACGGGCUGCUCAUCCUCACCCUGCUACUCCUCUUCUCUGUCCCCCGUGGCCUCUGCUGCCUACCUUCUCGAGGCACGUCUACACAUCAGCCAGCAACCCCACCCUAACCACCACACUGGCCUCCGUCAACAGUCUGCAGCACAAGGCAAUUUCCCCAUCCUUUCCAAGUCAGCCAUGUGGAGGAUGGGCUUGGUCUCCGGCACAGACCCCGACAUGCAGGAGCUGGGUAUGUCUGGACAGCAGCAGCAGCAGCAGCUCAGCAGCUGUGUGAUGGUGAAGUAAAUCAUCGGCCAAGCGAGACCGGCGAAUGUUCUCUUGGUGGAAGAGCCAAAAAAGACUUGAUGCUGAGCGCAGAAGAAAAGAGAGCAGAAGUGAAGAACAACAAAAACAGCAGACGCAAGUGACGAAUUUGUCUUUAUGAGGUACACGUGAGAAUGUGUCUGCACAUGUGUUCGCUGUUUGUAUGUUUUUUUUCUAAUCGUAUAAGCUAAAGACUAAGCAAUAAACCAAACUCUGGAUGAAGUGUUCGAUUUGUAACAGCCAGAGAAGCAAUAACAGACUGAUAGACUCUCCUCGGCUCUGAUGGACUCACUUGAAUAGCUGACGUUGCUGAGUCACUCUCACAUUUUUAUGCUGUCUAGAUUUACCUUUUGAUCUGUUUUUUUAACAGGAAAGUUCACUCUUCCAUUUUUUUCCUGUUUGUUUUUUUUGCCACUUGUGUAAGCGCUCUCAGUGUUUUUCACUUGCCUGGACAGAAGACCAAAAUUCAUAUUAUUUUCAGUCUCCCCACUUUGUUCACCUUCCUGAAGAGACAUUUCUCUGUAGCAGUGCAGUGAACACGCAGUAUAGUAACCUAAGCUUACAAAUGUACACCGAAGGAGAUGAUUUUUAUUUUUACUGAAACUGUGAUAUUUUUUUUCCCCCGUUUGUUUUUUCUGUGCAAGAUUGUUAAUUUUAGUGACGCAAAACGCUGCUUUUACCUCAAGCUGCAAAAAGACUGCUACACCCUCAUCAGCCAAAACUGAGUGAAGGCGGUGUUUUGCUGGUUGAGUUAAAGCACAGCAGGUACAUCAGUCAGCCUGGUAGCACCCUACAUGUGUGGAUCCAUACCCCUCCCUCUCCUUUGUCUGAUAAGCACCUUUCUUUUUAGAUGCUAUUACUACCUCCUCAGGCAACAAUUUGGAAAGGUUAAGGAAAACCUUUAAACGCUAAUGAGCAGGUUGAAUAUCAGAGAAAGAGGGUUUUUCGUACGGAACAAAGACUGUGGGAACAGUGCAAUAUUUUACAUGAAAAAAACCAAUGGAAAUGAGGCUUAACAUAGGAUGGUCAAAAACUCCACGUGUACUUGCCUGAGGUUUUGUGUUCGUCUUUCUUUUUUGUGUGUGUGUGUGUUUCAUCUUGCCGUGCUAGCUAGCUGACUAGAAGAGGUACUUCUUAUGAUACUGUAGUGACUUAGAGAAGAGGCUCGAGGCAUUUCAAAAUGCUGUUUUGGUUUUUUUUGUUGUUUUUUUGCUUUUUUUAUUCACACAGCAUGCUUGUAGAUCCGAAAGGAAGAAUUUGGGUUUUACCAAAGACUCAACAGCACAAGAAAUAGAGGAUCUGUCAAAAGACACACUACUGACUUUCCUCUUUGAAUGCUGUCUCCAAGAUGUAGCGUGGUGGUGUAGCGAACCAAUUUCACACGAUCUCCUUAGCCUUUUGCUGUGAGACAAAAGAAAAGAAAAACUCCCGCUGCCACCAAAUCCUAAUGCUACGUGUAUUGUGGGUAUCUCUAGCUGUUACUAUGAGGACCAUGGUAGUGUUUGUUUUGUACUUUUCUAAAAAAAAAAAAAAAAAA